AUGGACUUGAGCAUCGCCGUUGAUUCACCUGCUGAACUUCUUCGUAUAGCGAUAAUCUUUGGCCGAAAUAACCAUCAAGGCAGUAUUGAGAACGAGAACCACGCGGGCCCUACCCAGACUAGCAACUCACCUGAGACUCCUCGCGACACACACAGCAAGCGGCUUCACGAGUUGGGUGGACGUCUAUCGAAGCGCUUAGGCUACAUAAUUGGCGGCUGCGUAGCCAUGAUAUUGAUACACACCAUACUAGUGGAAUCUGGAUGGGUGAGGAUAUGGGGUUAUUGCCGCGUUCGGAUUUAUCUCUUCCGCUUUGACUUUGAGUCCCCCAAUUUGUUGCCGUCGUUCAUGUUCAAUACUGCUGUAUCGGCUUCGGGCACUAAGCAUUGGGUGAACGCCAGGUUCUCCGAGGAACGCGAGGAAGUCGAAGGGACAACUUGGAGAUUUGUAGUAGUAGUCACGGGAAGUCGACUCAUGGACCAUGCUAUAAUCAUCAAUGCGGUCGAGCUUCAGUUCAACUGA